GGGAGAUGAAGCGCCUUUGGCUAUACCUGCAGAACAGUGGGAAUGCCAGUACCCAGAGUGCUCUGCUCUGUGGAGCUGUGGGAACUACACUACCCAGAAUGUGCAGGCCCGGUGGAGAAGUGUAUACCGCAAGUGCAUCACGUGGGGGCGGGAGUUCCGGCCUCACUUUUGUGGCGGUCAUUUUGGCUUUUUUGUGCUCAUCCACCGUUUCAGUCUCAGGUCACUGGGUCGGUACUUAGGUGACGGGGUCGAGAAGGCACGAGAGAAGGCGAGGAAGAAUUGCCCUCACUGCCCAGAAGCGAGUCUGGGGCUGGGCGGUGGCGCUGGGCCAGGUGAGCCCCCCAUUCUGGACUGGGCUGGGGACCGCAGUGCCUGGGUCCCUCCGCUCCCGUCUCCGCUCCACCCACAAGCUCCAUGGCAGCCGCUGCGCUGAGGGACCCGGCUCAGGUUUCCACAUUUGAAAAACCUGUUAUGGAUCCUGCACAGAAACGACUGAGUGGAGGCAUCAAGUGGGCAGCUGGACACAUAGCCCUGGAGCUCUGGGGAGAGACGAAUGGAGACAUCAAAAAGGGCCGUGUGAUCUUUGAGGACUUGGCCGUGUACUUCUCCCAGGAGGAGUGGGGGCUCCUUGAUGAGGCUCAGAAACUCCUGUACCAUGAUGUGAUGCUGGAGAUCUUUGUACUCAUAGCCUCGCUGGGUUGUUGGCAUGGAGUGAAGGAUAAGGAGGCACCUUCUCAAGAUAGUGUUCUUGUAGAUGGAGUGUCACGGAUCAGGAUCCUCAAUGUAGGUUUGUAUCCCCAGAAGGCCAGUUCCUGUGAGACGUGUGGCCUAGUCUUAAAAGCUAUUUUGGACUUGACUGAGUACUGGGGAAUAGAUCCUGGACAGAGACUCUACAUGUGUGGGCCAGCUAGGAAGCAAAUCUGUUUCAAUGCAAACCUUUUCCAGUGCUGGAAGCAGCACAGCGGAGAGAAAUCCUUCAGAAGGGAUAUAGGCAAGGACUCGUUUGUGAAGAGCUGCAGAUUCCAAGUGUCAGGGCAGCCCUUCGCUGGUGGAGAAGUUGGGAAGAACUUCCUGGCCAGCUUGGUCCUUCUCCAGCACCAGGUUACUCAUAAUAAGCACAAGCCGCACAGUGGCACCAAGUGUGGGGCUGCCUUUCACAGCGAGAAAAGUCAUUACAGUUGGUGUGAAGACAAGACAGGCUUCAGCCUCAAACACACACUUAUUCAGCGCCAGAGUGUCCACACUGGAGAAAGGUCUUAUAAGUGCAACAAAUGCAGAAAAGCCUUCAGCCAAAAGUUUAACCUCUUUCAACACCAGGAAGGCCAUACUGGAGAAAGGCCCUAUGAAUGCAGCAAAUGUGGGAAAUUCUUCACUCACAUCUCUAGUGUCACUCAACAUCAGAGAAUUCACACUGGGGCAAGGCCUUAUAAGUGCAACAAAUGUGGGAAAUUCUUCAGCCAAAGCUCCAGCCUUACUGUACACCAGAGAAUUCACACUGGGGCAAGGCCUUAUAAGUGUAACAAAUGUGGGAAAUUCUUCAGCCAAAGCUCCAGCCUUAUUGUACACCAGAGAAUUCACACUGGAGAAAGGCCUUAUGAGUGCAGUGAAUGUGAGAAAUCCUUCUCCCAAAGCUCUAGCCUCAUUAAACAUCAAAGAGUUCACACUGGAGCAAAACCUUAUAAGUGUGGGAAAUGUGGAAAAUUCUUUAGUGACACCUCCAACCUCACUAAACAUCACAGAAUUCACACUGGAGAAAGGCCUUUUGAGUGCAAUGAAUGUGGGAAGCUUUUUAGCCAAAGCUCUGGCCUCUUUCAACAUAAGAGAGUUCAUACUGGAGAAAGGCCUUACAAGUGCAAUACAUGUGGAAAAUACUAUAGCCGUAAAUCUGAUCUCAUUCAACACAAGAGAGGUCACACUGGAGAAGUGCCUCGUGAGUACAGAGAACGUGGAGAAUUCCUUAGUGAAAACACUUGCCCAACUUGGCACCAAAAGCUUCACAUCAGAAAAACACCUCAUAAGUGCAGCGAAUGUGAGAGAGCCUUCAGCCGAAAGUUUAACCUCAUUCGACACCAGAAAGUUCACUGCGCAGAAAGGCCUUAUGUGUGCAGCAGAUGUGGGCAAACGUUCAGUGACAGGACUGCUCUGAUUCAGCACCGGAAAAUUUACAACCCAGAUAAGCUUGAUGAUGAGUGCAGUGAAUGUGGGAAAACCUUCAGCCAAAGGGGUAACCUCACCCGGCACCAGAAAGUCCACACUAGAGAGGCCUUAUGAGUGCACUGAGUGUGGGAAGGCCUUCAACCGAAGUACUCAUCUCAUUGGCACCAGAAAGUUCACAGAGAAGAAGGUCUUUAGUUGUGCAAGGAAUGUGCUGUUUCAUUGUUCAGAAUAGCAACACUAGAGAGGCGCCUUUGUGAGGGACUGAUCUACCUGAAUUGACUUGUCUACAUUUGAACUUCCACAGCGGGGAAAUUCCAGGUAUACUAUACGAGAAGCCUUCAGGAGCUGCACUGCACUUUUUUUUUUUUUUUAAUGUGAAGAGGACCAUAUAUUUAUUAUCACUACAUGUCAGAAACCAUCUGGACCAUUUUCUGGUAGCAGAUGUUUACUAAAUUGCUUUGGGAACAGAGAAUUCAUGUAGGGUUAGCAAAAUGAAUGCAACUAGGGCAGAUGCAGAUAAGUUUUUGAAAAACAGUAAACCAUACUACAGUUAGGUCAGAAACCGUGGUGACUACAUACAUUCUGAUAAUUUGCUACAGAGCGCUCAGGAAAUGUCAACAAACUAUGUCUUAAUUUCAGAGAAAUUUUUCCAGAAAUGAUCUGAAAUUAAAGAUCUUUAAAGACUUGACUACAAACACUUAAAAGCCUCUAACUUAUGUUGUUCACGGUAAUGGUAAUUAUUAAGAGAUAGAGCCCUUAAAAUUAUUGCCCUGACACAAUCUUUAAACCUUAAACCAAAAAUAUCUCCUGAAGCCUUCUUAAAACCAAACAACAGUUUAGCGUAACUAGUAAAAAAUAUCUGCCUUGAGAAUUAUACUCUUUUAAGAACUUUCUAAAUAGGAUCAAAGUGACAACAGCAACUUGAAAGAUUCAGAUAGGAACCUUAGGGGGCACUGAAUUUAUGUUAAUGGGGGAGGAACAACUCAGAAAAGGAGGUUGAGAAUGGUACAACUCAAAGAAUGUAAUCACUGUCACUGAAUUGUACAUGUAGAAAUGAAUAGGUGUAUGUUUUACUAUGUGUAUUCUCAACAACAAAAUAAAAACAAAAAGAGGUACUUUUUUGUUAAAUCAUCAGGAUUGUCUGAUUCGCUUUCCUUCACAAACACACUGCUAGGCUCUGGCAUUGCACUUUUAACCUGCCUAGGGCUCUUAUCAAAAUUAUGUCACUGCCAGUUUCUGUGGCACAAGCCAUCUCACCUCUACCACCUGGUGGUCCCCACAGUAUGCAUCCGGCAUCCCAGCCUGCUCAGGGAAGAAGGCCUCUGUGCUUUCCCAUUCUCUGAAGGAAAUAAUGACAGCCUGAGCCUGUAGGGGGACCUCCUUCUCUUCUAUCUAGCUUUAGAAAGAGCACGGACUUAACCCAUAAGGCCUGAUCGGGGUUCUGCUGGCAGCUUGUUGGUUUCGUGUGAUGCUUGUGGUGGAUUUUUCCAGCCUGGUAACUGGAAUGUCAUCAUUGUGGGAACUGCCUGCAUCAAUAUCUCUGGUUUGUGCCGUAAUAAAGGCCUGAUUGCUUGUUGUUGUUAGCUUUGAACUAGCCCCCACUCAUGGCAACCCCAUGCACAACAGAAUGAAACACUGCAUGGUAUUGCACCAUCCCUAUGAUUGCCUAAUUGUUUAAGGCACCUUUAGUAUUGAGGGAGCCCUGCUGGCACAGUGGUUACAUACUCAGCUGCAAAACAAAAGAUGGGUGGUUCGAACGCACCCACAGUUCCAUGGGAGAAAGUCAUGGUGCACUCCCGUAAAGUUUAUGCCUAGAAAACCCUACGGGGCAGUUCUGUCAUGUGGCCGUAAUGAGGCAGAAUCAACCCGACAGCAAUGGGUUUGGUUUGGUUUUAAUCUUGAGGUUUCUAUUUACUGUGUGGGGUUGCUUUGAAAAAAAUUAUGAAGGGGUGAACAGCUUGUGGGGGGGUCCCCAACUUUGAGUACCUCAAAAUGGACACGGUAUGAUAGCAGAUAUUAACUUUCCUCUCCAGAUCUGGGUGUCAUGUAGUCGAGGCCGUUGCCAGAAAAUAAGCUAAAGCUUUUAUGCAUUCCCAUGGCCUCCCUGGACUAUUAAAAAACAAAAAACAACCUAUUGCCAUCAAGUUGAUUCAGACUCAAUGCAGCCCCAUGUCUUAAGAGUAGAGCUGCUCCAUGGGGUUUUCUUGGCUUUGAUUUUUAUGGAAGCAGAUCACUAGGCCUUUCUCCUGCAGUACUGCUGGGUGGAUUAGAACCACCAUAUCUUUGGGUUAGCAGAUACAUGCAGAGCACUUGAGGAUAUAGAGAAGGGAGAUUCUGUAGCCCAGGGAUGUGGCUCUUAUGACCCAGCCAGCAUUCCUUUUGACUCAGGUGGCAGUGGCUUUCAUUGCUUGCCAAUAUUUGCUGCCUCUCCCAGGGCAUGGGAGAGAUGGUGGAGUCAUAGAGUUGCCAAACCUGAUUUUCUGAAAAGAGCUAUAUUUUUACUGUGAACUAUACUUAAAGCUUUGUUAAGAUAUAAUUGGCAUGCAGUAAACUGCACGUAUUUAUACACUAUCCUAAAUUUUGACACACAUAUAAACUCAUGACGCCACCAUCAUCAUCAUGAUAAUGAACAUAUUGGUCCCCACAUUUACCUCUUGCUUUUUAAUAGUCUUUCCCUGCCCUCUCUGGCCCUCCAAGCAACUUUUGAUUCACUUUCCUUUACAGUAAAUUAGUUAGCAUUUUCUAUAAUUUUAUAGAUUGGAUUCAUAAAGUGUUUACUCUUUUUAAUGAUUUCCUUAAUGCUGCAUAAUUAUUUGGAGAUUGAUCAAUGUUACGUAAGUAGUUCAUUUUUUUAAUUGCAGAGUAGUAUUCUGUUGUAUGAAUAUAUCAUUGUUUGCUGAUCAGUUUGUCUUGUUGAUGGACAUUGUUUCCAGUUGGGAGCUAUUACAAAUAAAGCUCUUUGAACAUCUGUGUACAAUUCUUUAUAUGGAUGUAUGUUUCAUUUCUUGUGAUAAUAUCUCCAAGUCAAUGCCUGAGUCACAGGGUAGAUGAAUGUCUAACUUUUUAAGAAACUGUCAAGCUGUGAUCUAAAAUGGAUCUGCUUUUCCUACCAACAGCGUAUGAGGGUUCUGCUUCCUCUGUGUCCUUGCCACUACUUGGUUGUUGUUGUUAGUUGCCAUUGAAUUAGCCUCUCGUGGCAACCUUAUGUAUAAGGGAAUAAAACGUUGCACUUUUCUUCGUGAUCAUUAGUAUGUUUGAGCCCAUUGUUGCAGCCAUUGUGUCAAUCUAUGUCAUUGAGGGUUUCCCUCGUUUUCACUGACCCUCUACCAACCCUGAUGCCCUUUUCUAGCGAUUGGUCUUGAUGACAUGUCCAAAGUAAGCAAGCUGAAGUCUCACCAUCCUUGCUUCUAAAAAGCAUACUUAUUUAGUUCUUCUGAGACCAAUCACUCAGGGUUUGAGGGCCAAAGGAUGCACCCCACUGCCAUCUCUUUUUGUUGGUUGUAGUCAAGUCCCUCCCUCUCUGUAGUUUCUCUCUUUUAUCUCUUGUAAAAGAUGUGACUCAAGUAAAGGUAUGACUUGAAUAGGGAUAGGAAGGUUGGUGUCUGGGGUAAGGGUGGUAACUUGAGUCACACCCUCUAGUAAGGCUAUGACUCAGGAUACAUCGCACCCUAAUCCUGCCUCAUUAACAUAAUGGGCAACUUCCAAAUGGGACCGUAACCACAGGCAUUUGUUAUUGGUAGGUGCCGUUUAGGCCGCUCCAACUAUAGUGACCCUCUGUACCACAGGUAUAGAGGCGAGCAUUUACAACACAUCACAAAAUGGGGGAUUACAUCACUAGAUAACUGCCAAACUACUGAAAAUCAUGGCCCAAACAA